AUGUUCUUCCUAUUGUCCACACCAAUCCUCCCAAAGCUCAGUGUGCAACCUUUACCUCCUGUUAUACUCUUGGCUUUUGUCAAAAAAGUUUGGUUCACUUUUCUUUGUAACUUCUCUUCAGGAUGCCUCUUAGCUGCUGGUUCUGCAAACUAAACAAACCCAAGCUCCCUUAGCUGCUCCUUUCAAUUGCUUUUGCUCUAGUCUUUAGUUAGAUCCUUUCUGAAGGAAGAAGGGAGGCCUAAAGUCUGGAAAUCACCAUGGCAGAGAGGGGAAUUAAAACUUUCCUUACAUGGAUGUACCCAAUACACUUCUUUAAUUUAUUAUAUAGAUGUGAAUUUUACUGUUUUUGGGACUGAACAAUAGGAGUCUUGCCCAUCUGAGGCCUUGAAUUUAGGAUCAUUUACAGGGAUGAAGAACCUUGAUUUGAUAUUGUAUGAUUCAGUAUUUCCAUAUGCAGAUUGAUGGCUUUUAUAACUGAUUUUUGAAGGGAUUGCUGAAAAGGUUUAUGCAUUCUAACUUUCUCAUGGAAUAAUAAGCCAUGAGAGAUUUUAUGAUUUUUUAAAGUAAAUAGUAAUUUGAAUUAAUUUUAUUUGCUCAUCACUAAGCAUUGAAUUUUGCAUCAUUGCAAUAAUUUAUUUCAUUUCUAGUCUUGUUGAAAUGAAUGCAGAUAUUGCUCUACUGAGGUCCAUGUUAAUUUUCAUGACAAGAAAAUCUUUUGAGGAAGUACUUAAGCUUUUAUUUUUAGCAUAAAUUAAAAAAUCUAUACUAUUGGCUAAAGAUAAUGGAAAAACGUCUUGACGUAUCCCUAGAGUAACUACUUAAUGCUAAAGCAAGUACAGUGAAAACCCUGAGAAAGGGUGGCGUGCAGAACUAAAAAAUAGAACAUAUUCUAUAGCUGCCAUGCUUUAAAAUAAAGCCAGCAUGUGUCUAAGCAAGGUGUUACUGAAGCUCUUCAGAACCCUUUUGUUAUUCAUUAGCACUCAUGGUCAGCACAGGCUGACUCACUCUCUGUUUUGAGGACCAUCUCAGGCUCUCCUAGAUCCAGUUUCUGAUAGUGGUAGAAUACUGGAAAAAAAUGGCAGUAGUAAUUGCCUGUGUAUUAAUUCCAUUCUGUAUAUAUUGCCUCAAUUGUAGGCAUUUCAUUUUAUCUACCUGAAAAUUUUGCUCAAGAAUACACAAUGUUAAUAUGUCCUUUUGCUGUAAUCAUUACCAAAAAGUCAAAUGUUAAAGUAGAAAUUCUCUUGAUUUUUCUGUAAUUAGGGAUGAAAGUUUGCUAGUGGGGUUCUGCAGGGCUCCAUCUUAGGCCCUGUGCUCUUCAAAAUCUUCAUAAAUAAUUGGGAGCAGGACUGGAAGGGAUACUGAACAAAUUCACCUGUGAUACAAAACUGGGAGGACCUGCUGACUAUUUGAAGGCAGGGAGGCUCUGCAAAGAGACACCUCAACAAAUCAGAGCGCUGGGCAAUCACCAGACACGUGAAGUUCAACGAGGGAAAGUGCUGAAUUCUGCACCUAGGACAGGACAGACCUGGAUGAGGAUGUUGCUGCAGAGAGGAGAAAACAGGCUGUUGUAGAACAAGUUAUGGUGGAUCAUUUAUGUAGAGCUGUUAUAAGUGAUCCAGAGCAGUCCACACGUUCUGAUGCUUGCAAGGAAGCUCAAGGACUUCUGGGAGCUGGGAUGGCACCAAUGCGUUUUAGAAAAAGGACCCUCCAUGAAACAAAAAUAAGGACCAAAUCGGGACUAACUGAGAACAUGCUCUCCAAAAAACUAUGCUUUGAUAGUAGGAUUAUAUCAAGAAAUGGUCGUGAUGCUUGCAGGGAGUUAAUUGGAUUUUUCUUUGCGUGUGACAAAUCCCUUACUGUGUAUGAAUUUCGACAGUUUGGAAAAAACAGGUCAAAUGCCUUGCCUUUCAUUCAGAAGGGAGUUUAUCAACAUCAACGUGGACAAAGAAGGGGAAAAGCUUAUGAUCUUAGCGACUUCUACGUUGGAGCCAAUCUGACUUUCCGAAGUGUUGAUCAUAACCUUCCAGAAAGUGUUAAACAGAACCCUUUUUUCACUCUUCGUGUGAUAAGUAUUGAUGAAGCAGCUAUGGGUUAUCUGAAACCUUCCUCUGUGGAACUCAAGGAAGAGUGUUCCAGGCAAGUGGUUGAUGACAGUGAAGUUUUCAAGAAGAUUCAAGGUAUAUUCAGAGAAACAUUAAGUAAAAGAGGAGUUCGGGUUAUAACAGGCUUAGGAAAGUAUUUCCGACAAAUAGACAAGAACAGAAAUGGUUUUCUCUCUCAGGCAGCCUUGAAAGAAGCUCUAAAAUUAUUCCACUUGGAAAUGCCUGAAGGGGACUUUGAAUCCUUAUGGCUUAUUCUUGAUGAUAGCAAGAAUGAUAAGGUUGACUAUGGAGAAUUUACUCAUGCCAUAUUUGGAGAAAUGAAUGAAUAUAGGAAAACAUUUGUAAGAAAAGCUUACAUGAAACUAGAUUUCAACAGAACUGGGACUGUGUCUAUGGUAGAUGUCAGAAAAUGUUACUGUGCAAAGAAACAUCCUCUAGUAUUGGCAGGCAAAAUUGCAGAAGAAGAAAUUAAAUCAUCAUUUCUAGAAGCAUUAGGAGAGUCCUGCAGCAACCCCAAUGAAGUGUCCUAUUCUGAGUUUGAAGAUUACUAUGAAGGAUUAAGUUUUGGAAUUGUAGCUGAUGAUGAUUUUGUUAAUAUCUUAAGGAAUUCAUGGGGAAUUUAGAGUGGAAGAUGACAAAAAAGAAGGGACAUUUUCUAAACAAGGAGUGACUAAGUAAGAGAGAACUUAGUCUUGAUGUACAUUACUUUAUAAUUAGAGUCUUAAACUGAUUUCAGGAACAGAAAACUUUAGAUGCUUUCGGAAUAAUAUAUAGCAAAUUUCAUGGAGUAUCUGUUGAGUUAUGCUAGCCACUCUUCUAAUAAAAACGCUGUUCAUGUCUUUUCACUGGAAAGUAUUAAGGCUGUUUCCCAUACCAAAAGCCAUAUUUUUUUAUAUUAAAAUAAAGUCUCCUAUUUUAAAAUAAGAGUGAAUUAGAAUACUAAAAUGCCUGAAGGGGUCUGUGCAAGAGAAAAUUUUGUUUUAUGAUGCAUUGUGAAAAGCUUCAGAUUGGACUGCAUAAAUGUGAAUGGUAGCUUUUCUUCAGAAAUUUUCUUGUAACAUUCUUCAUCUCACUUAUUUUUUCUUAUGCUGGUACUUAGCUUGAAAGACAGCAGGUCAUCCUUUUCCAAUUUUGAGGAUGUCUGCUGUACUGAAAGUGCAGAGAUGUUCACAGCAUUUAGCCCCUUGGCCUGUGCACCCUCUUGACUGAUCUUGCUUUGUCAUUUUGAUCAGGCAUCCAAAGCUGAGCAUUGGGUCUCAAAGGUUUUAGUAAUCACAUGUGUAUUUUGUAAUGUAUAUCAUCCUUUCCUGUAUUUUGCUAAAUGGUUUUCAAAACAAAUAAUUUAUAUUUAAAUAUCUGUUGUCUUUAUAUUGCUGGGAUUUUUUAACUAAAACCUAGCAAUUAUAUAUUUUGCCGAACUGAUAUAUAGCAUUUCCUAUAGUAAGGAAAGUAUAAAACAGAAAAGUAUUUUUAAAAGGUCCAAAACAACCACCUCUGCCACCACAAAAAUUAAAUUAUAAAUUAAAAUAUUCUUUGCUAUUUCAGAUGUUCUGACAGGUACACUUUUCAAUGUAAUACAUCUUGCCAAUUCUGUAAAAUUCUUUGUGUUAAGAAAUAAAAAUACACGUUAAUGAUAGAGAGAGACUUUGAUUUUCAUAUACCUGUCACUGAAAUUAACUGUAUGUUGAACUGCAUUGCUUAAGCCUAUGCAAUUAAAAUAUAUAAUUUUCCUCUAA